UUGGUAUUAUCUGCUCGUAUCACAACCAGCUUAUGCAGUUCCUUGCUGAACAAUGAAGUUCGAUCAACAGUUGGGAAAGGGGAUUUUUCGUUUUUCAUUAAAUUGUUCCCAUCGGUUUCCAUCUCCUUCAAUGUGUGCUAUGUUAAUCUGCCUUGAGUGGCCUUUCUACUUCGUUAUCAAAACCUUUCCAAUUAUUACUGACUUGUUUCUGGUGACUUGAGAUUGGUCCCUCUACUUCCUUAUCAAAACCUUUUCGAGUAUUACUAACUUGUUUUAAUGACUGAAGGCAAACGCUGCAUCCCCUGAACCUUUGCUCCCUGCAAAUUUGGUGCAAAAAGGAAAGCAUUCCCUAACUUUCUUUUGCGUUUUCUCUGGACAUGGCGUUGUCGUUAAGGAAACCCUUUUUUCCGCAUUUGCUGUUCAUAGGUGUUCAUUUUCCAUCCUUGAAAUGAUUUUUCUUUUCCGACAAGUUCAAUUUGUUAGACUCAGUCCUUGUGAUUUUUAGGGUCCUUGCGAUUUUUAGGACUUGGUUGAUAUUGGCUUGUAAUUGUCAUUCUUAUACUUAUCUUUUAUCUGAUUAGGCUCCUAAUCAUAUUCAUUGGCUGUAAAGUCCUUUUCUUUUUCGGUAAGUAAAAAUUGUGGGAGAUAUUACUCUCGCAAUUCCGGGGAUAGAGCAUUAAAAGUUACUCCCCCUCCCAACAACUACUUAAUGCAGGUUAACUUAUAUGGUAACAAAGUUCCAUCAGAUUCCAGCUGGCCUUAUCUACUGAAAAAGCGGGGGAUCACCGAUAUCUUAGAUUGAUAUAUUUGCUUGAAGUCUUGGGUCCUUGCCAAAAGGGAAUGGUUGUUCGUUUCAAAAGUUAUCAUGGAGGUUGCUACCAGGAGUUCCCAUACCAGUGAAAAGAAGCCACCUCUUGAGUCCUGCCCAUCAGUAGAUGAAGGAAAAAUGGUCCCAGAGAAGAAAGACACGAGCACCACUGUAUUCGUCAACCACGCUGCGAUUGCUUGGCAUGAGAAUAGAAGAAAAUGGAUCAGAGAUCAGCCUCAGCGUACACAAAGACCAACCAAGGAUCAAAUUAUAAGCUGGUCAACAACCUACGAAGAGCUUCUGUCGACUAACGAACCCUUCUCCGAGCCAAUUCCUCUGCAGGAGAUGGUCGACUUUUUAGUUGAUAUAUGGCAUGAUGAAGGCCUCUUUGAUUAGAAUUCUGUAACAUUCAUUCAGUUGCCAGCCACUCACUUAUUGGCCUUUCGGGUUAACUCCUCAGAAACCUCGGAAAGCUUUUCCCUGGUGUCAUAUCAUAAUAGGCAAUACUUGGGCAAACCCAAUAAAAUCAAAGUCAUAGCAUUGCUUUGUACUUGUAAACCAUGUCUAUGGUUCUAUGUUUCUGAACUGUUGAAUCAUUGGCUUUAGGAAUUAAUGAGUCUUGCUUAGGAAAUUACCUUCCUCUUAAUGCACUGAGAUGUGGAUUAUCAAUCAUUCUUAAGUGGUGACAAUUGAACUCUUUUAUCUCAUUUCUCUUCACUGUUUUGACUUAUAA